CUUUUGUCAUUCUGUCCAUCAGUCAUUCGUUAUCCCCUAGAAACUGUGUCGAUUUUUCCUGGUCCUCUACAAGAAUUUGAUUCAUAGUUACAAAAGCAAUUAAUUGUAAUUUUACGCAUAUCUAAAUAUCAUGUUAAUGAUAUGUCCGUUUCUCUGUGCGCUUUUCGUCUCGAACUAGGAGGUGAUUCCAUUGUCCCGAAGGAUCUCACCUAUUUAGCCCCUCAGUUUUUGGCAAUGGAAGGUAGUUCAAAAGAAAAGCCAGAAGAGAGGUUGCCUGAAGCAGAAACCUGGGAAAGAGAAAGAGCUAGUAAGGGCAGAGGUAAAAGAGAACUGCAAACAAUUGAAAUGGAAACUUAUGAGAACGACAACACAGAGAUCGGACCCUGGGAAAUGACAAAAGGGAAAAAUAGGAAAUCUUCAGAGGCCAGUAAAGUAAGAACCUUGUCCAACAACAGUUCAUUUGACCAAGAAUUGCCGAGUACAAGCAAGGAACCUUCUCCUGCGUUGUCGACAGCCACUGGUGAUGGUGAGACCGGAUCUGCCUCUGGAAGUUCUCAUUCAGAAUUAUCAGAUCGUAAAAAGGCCAUCACUGCCAAGGAUCAAUUAAGUUUCUUCUCUGGCAAUCCAUUUGUGGAGAAAGUUCAGGGUAUUCUGCAUUUCUACAAAGAAAAUCACAUGACUUCAUUGGAAAUGGAUGUGCCUCGUAGCCAAAUGAUAUGCAUGCUGGCCAUCCCUGCUUGGCUGAGCUGCCAUGACUUACUCAAUUUCCUUGCACCCUGUUGCCCUGGCAUCAGAAGAGUGCGAAUCAUUCGAGAUAAAACCCCCAACCAGUACAUGGCCUUGGUACUUUUCCGUAGUCAGGAAGAGGCUGACGAGUGUUACAAGACAUUCAAUGGUACGCCUUACAAUUCGAUUGAAUCGGAACAUUGCCACAUUGUCUAUGUUGCAAAAGUUGAUAUUUGUGGAGACACUACUGUGGGUGGAGGUGGUUUCGGUCCGCCAAUGACCGGAAUGACUGAGCUACCCAUUUGCACGGUUUGUUUGGAACGGAUGGACGAAUCAGUAGAUGGCAUUCUGACCAUUUUAUGUAACCAUAGUUUUCACGGAGCAUGCCUUGCCAAAUGGGGAGACACGACAUGUCCUGUGUGCCGAUACCUGCAAUCUCCUGAAAUGGCUGCCGAAAGUUGCUGUUCUGAGUGCAAAUCCAACGAGUCACUCUGGAUUUGUUUAAUUUGCGGUCAUGUGGGCUGCGGGAGAUACGUGGAAGGCCACGCAUAUCAUCAUUUCUUGGAAACGCAGCAUUGCUACGCGAUGCAGUUGGGUAACACUCGUGUUUGGGACUAUGUCGGCGAUAACUUUGUCCAUCGUUUGCUCCAGAACAACGAAGAUGGAAAAUUAGUUGAAGUCGAAGGCAACAGCAGUGGUCGGAGGCAACAGUCUGGCAAAGGGAACAACAUGGAACAUGAAGAAAAGUUGGACUCUGUCCAAUUAGAGUACUUGUAUCUUCUUCAGAGUCAACUAGCUUCACAGAAAAUUCACUUUGAAGGAAUCAUUGAUCGUCUCGAACAGCAACAUCGACAAGAGCGGGAGGAAAUCAAGGAAAAGGUGAAAUCGACAGUCAAGGAAAAUGAACGACUAAAAGUGAAAGAGAAAAAGAUGGCAGCCAAAUUAACCAAGGCGAUCGCUGAUCUGCAAGAAGAAAAAGAGUUGAAUCGGUCGCUCACUCAUAAUCAAUCAUCAUGGCAUCAGCGAGUCGCCCAAUUGGAGACUCAAGUACAGAAAAUUCGCGAUGAAAAGGAGACGAGUGUCCGCGAGUUGCAGGAACAGCUCCAAGACGUGAUGCUCUAUUUCGAAGCGCAAGAGAAAUUUAAAAAUACUGAACUGGAGGGCGGGCAGGUCGUCCUGGGUAUGCCCCAAUCACCAUCGCGCUCAUCGCUGGAUGGUAGCAAAGGUGCCAGGAAUAAGAAACGUGGCAAGUGAACCACCAAGUCACCCCCACAAUCAUCCUUUCGUUCAACAAAUGACAAUGUCUUUUAAAAUACGUAUUCGCUUAUGUUUAAUAACACGGUAAUACAACAUACAAAAAAGUAUAAAUUUAA